AUGGUUCGUCGUCCAGGUGUGCUGAAAUUUAUUUGGCGUAAUUUUUUGGAUUCGCUUAGUCGAGAACGAUUUCAGAAAGUUUUCGUUGGUAAUGAUGAGCAAGGCAACAAAUACUACGAAUUAACCAAAUCGAAACGGAUUGUUAAUAGAGGUUUCGUUCCGGGAAAUAAUUCAUCUCAUGUGCCACCACCAGAAUGGCUAACAUGGUUACGAGGGAUACGGAAAUUACCACCUACAGAAGAAGAGAUUUUGGCAAAUCGAAAAGCUAGUGAGGAGAUGGUAGAGAAAGUGGAAAAACUAGAACGGGAUAGGAGGAACGGAAUUCCAGCUAGUGAAGCGAAGAAGUUGCCUUACGUAGAAUCGACAACUAUAUCCGAUGAUUUCGAUUCACAACCGAGAGAUUUUCCACGCUACGUGGACUAUGAUGAGCAGCAAUCGAGAAUGUAA